AUGGCUCGGUUCGGAGACGAGGUACAGUCCAGGUAUGGCGGAGGGCCCGGCGCAGGGGGCCAGGGCGGCCGCGGUGGUAGCAGGCAAGGAGGCCCCCACGGACACGGCCACGGCCAUGGCCACGGUCCACCCGGUGGGCCCGGGACCCAGAGAAUGUACAAGCAGUCUAUGGCGCAGAGAGCCCGGACUAUGGCCCUCUAUAAUCCCAUCCCCGUGCGCCAGAACUGUUUCACCGUCAACCGCUCGCUGUUCAUUUUCAGUGAGGACAACUUCGUGAGAAAAUACGCCAAAAAGAUCACCGAAUGGCCUCCAUUUGAGUGGAUGAUUCUCGCCACCAUCAUCGCCAACUGCAUCGUCCUGGCUCUGGAACAACAUUUGCCCGAUGGAGACAAGACGCCGCUGUCUGAACGCCUGGAUGACACCGAGCCGUACUUCAUUGGGAUCUUCUGUUUCGAGUCUGGAAUAAAGAUCCUGGCUCUUGGCUUCGCCUUCCACAAGAACUCCUACCUGAGGAACGGAUGGAACGUCAUGGACUUCGUGGUGGUGCUCACAGGGAUCCUGUCCACUGUGGGUUCAGAUUUCGACCUGCGGACCCUCAGGGCUGUGCGCGUACUGAGGCCCCUCAAACUGGUGUCCGGUAUUCCCAGCCUACAGGUGGUGCUCAAAUCCAUCAUGAAGGCCAUGAUUCCUCUGCUCCAGAUCGGCCUCUUGCUUUUCUUCGCCAUCCUUAUGUUCGCCAUCAUCGGCCUGGAGUUCUACAUGGGCAAAUUCCACACAACCUGCUUUGACAAUCACACAGGUGAGAUCCGCAAAGAGUUUCCAUGUGGGACGGAGCUCCCGUCGCGGCUGUGUCCACUGGGCACCACGUGUAGACAAUACUGGCUGGGACCCAACUACGGCAUCACCCAGUUCGACAACAUCCUGUUCGCUAUCCUCACCGUCUUCCAGUGUAUCACCAUGGAGGGCUGGACCGACCUGCUCUACUAUAGCAACGAUGCCUCAGGGAGUGCAUGGAACUGGAUGUACUUCAUCCCCCUCAUCAUCAUUGGCUCCUUCUUCAUGCUCAACCUGGUGCUGGGUGUGUUGUCGGGGGAGUUUGCCAAAGAGAGAGAGCGUGUGGAGAACAGGAGUGAGUUCCUCAAGCUCAGAAGACAGCAGCAGAUUGAGAGGGAACUCAACGGUUACCUGGAGUGGAUCUGCAAAGCUGAAGAGGUCAUCUUGGCGGAUGAUGAGAAUGAAAACGAUUAUGAUGGGUCUCGUAGGAGAGCCACAAAGAACCAUAAGAGCAAAGCAGAGCUGCUGCACCCAGAGGACGGAGAUGGAGACCUGGCCGUAGGUUCACCAUUCGCUCGUGCCAGCUUGAAGAGCUCCAAGCUCGAAGGAUCAACCUUCAAGAGGCGCGAGCGCCGGCUGCGCUUCUUUAUCAGACACAUUGUGAAGUCCCAGGCCUUCUACUGGGGUGUGCUGUGUUUGGUGGGCCUCAACACGAUGUGUGUGGCUGUGGUUCACUACGACCAGCCAGAACCACUUUCGGAUUUUCUGAAUUUUGCAGAAUUCAUCUUCCUGGGGAUAUUCCUGACAGAGAUGUGUAUAAAGCUGUAUGGCCUGGGCAAACAGGCCUACCUCAACUCCUCCUUCAACUGCUUCGACUGCAUUGUGAUCGGUGGUAGUAUAUUCGAAGUGCUGUGGUCCUUCAUCCAGCCGGGCACGUCGUUUGGCAUCAGCGUGCUGCGAGCUCUCAGGUUAUUGAGGAUCUUCAAAGUCACCAAGUACUGGGCAUCUUUGCGUAACCUCGUGGUUUCUCUGCUCAACUCCAUGAAGUCCAUCAUCAGCUUGCUCUUCCUGCUCUUCCUCUUCAUCGUCGUCUUUGCCCUGCUGGGCAUGCAGCUCUUCGGAGGACAGUUUAAUUUUGAAAAUGGCACUCCUCCGACCAACUUCGAUACCUUCCCCGCAGCAAUAAUGACGGUGUUCCAGAUCCUGACCGGUGAGGACUGGAACAUGGUGAUGUACGAUGGCAUCAAGUCUCAGGGCGGAGUCAACAAGGGCAUGGCCUUCUCUAUCUUCUUCAUCGUCCUCACACUUUUUGGCAACUACACUCUGCUCAAUGUGUUCUUGGCCAUCGCUGUGGACAAUUUGGCCAACGCUCAGGAGCUGACCAAGGACGAGCAGGAGGAGGAGCAGGCUGCCAAUAAGAAGAUCGCCCUGCAGAAAGCCAAGGAGGUGGCUGACGUCAGCCCGCUGUCUGCCGCCAACCUCUCCAUCGCAGCCAACAAAGUACAGAGUGAGUGUCACAACGCUUCCGACCCCUUUCUGGACUGUAAGGACCAACAGAGGAACAACAAUAAGGGAAUCAAUAAGUCGGUGUGGGAACAACGCACCAAGGAGCUGAGGAAGCAGACCCUGGCUACCAGCCGAGAGGCCCUCUACAACGAGCUGGACCCCGACGACCGCUGGAAGGCAAGGGCAGGGAGGGAGGAGCAAAACAAUGUGAACUUCUCUCGAAACGUCCGUCCAGACAUGAAGACCCACCUGGAUCGACCCUUGGUGGUCGACCCCCUUGAGAACCGCAACAACAACACCAACAAGACCACUGCCAACAAUUCAGACCUCUGCUUCAGCCAGCACCAUCCCGCCGAUGAGCUCCACAGACAAACACACCUCCACGAACACGCCGGGGAAGUAGGCGGGGGUGGUGGCGGGGGCUCGGCUCCAGUCAGACCUCCCGUACAGCGGGGGGAGUCCACAGAAAGCAGGCGGAGCCGUAAAAGUGAGCACCACCACCACUCCUCGCACGUCCGCCUGGAUGCCACAGUGAUACCUGGGCCCGGCUCUGAGGAGAGGCCGUCCAGACGCCACCACCACACCCGCAGCGGGAGUCGAGGGGGAGGGCAGUCGGAGCACAGGAAGCCCAGGUCGCAUCGAAAGAUUGCAGAGGAAGGCGAGGAGGGCGGGGGAGGUGGCGGGAAGACGGGGAGGCACAAGAGCAAAGGGGUGGACAGAGGUGGAGAGGGAGGAGAGAAGGAGGGACCCGGGGAAGGCAGCGAGAGGAGGCCAAGAAGAAGUCGACAUGGCAACCAAACAGACGGCGAGGGGAAGAGGACCUGUCAGCACAGAAGGAAGGAUUGCAGUGUCCCCAACCUGUCGACUACACGGCCCAUCCAAAAGAGCCUCUCUAGGCAGGACAGCCAGUACAGCGAGGAUAUGGACAACCUCAUGAAUACCAAGCUGGUCUCUGGCACCACCCCGCCCGGCGAGGGUCACCCCAUUCCAGUUGCCGGCCGCACCAUGGCCCCCGGCUAUGGAUCUGCCCUCCAUCUUGCUAACAGCGGCACUCACGGGAGUUUAGUCACGUUAGAUAGCUACGGGAACAUCGGACAUCACCGUGCCAGCAGUUUCCUCAGGCUGCCCCACCCUGACUACACAUCAGUAGACAUGCCAAUUUUUCCAUCCACCAAUGCCAUACUGCAGGUCAACAAGAAUGCCAACACAGAGCCUCUGCCGGCGAAGGAGGACAAGGACGACGACGAGGAUGAGAAGGGAGGUGAAGGAGGACCCAGGCCCAUGCCUCCCUUCAGCUCCAUGUUCAUCCUGUCCACCACCAACCCGUUUCGACGAGCAUGUCACUACAUCUGCACCCUGCGUUACUUUGAGAUGUGCAUCCUGCUGGUUAUCGCCAUGAGCAGUAUCGCUCUGGCUGCUGAAGACCCCGUCCACCCUGAAUCUCCUCGCAACAAUGUUCUACGCUAUUUUGAUUAUGUCUUCACUGGAGUGUUCACAUUUGAAAUGCUGAUAAAGAUGGUGGAUCUGGGCUUGGUCUUGCACCAGGGCUCUUAUUUCCGGGACUUGUGGAACAUCCUUGACUUUAUAGUGGUUAGUGGUGCUCUGGUGGCCUUCGCCUUCACCAGCGGCGGCGGGGGGAGCAGUAAGGGAAAAGACAUCAGCACCAUCAAGUCCCUGAGGGUCCUGAGGGUGUUACGACCUCUGAAGACGAUCAAACGUCUUCCCAAACUCAAGGCUGUGUUUGACUGCGUGGUGAACUCUCUGAAGAAUGUGCUGAACAUCCUGAUCGUCUACAUGCUCUUCAUGUUCAUCUUUGCUGUGGUGGCCGUGCAGCUUUUCAAGGGACGCUUCUUUUUCUGCACUGAUGAGUCCAAAGAGUUUGAGCGCGACUGCAGAGGCGAGUACCUGGUAUAUGAACGCGAUAACGAAGUGAAGGCGCAGAAGCGGGAGUGGAAGAAGUACGAUUUCCACUACGACAAUGUGGCUUGGGCCCUACUCACCCUCUUCACCGUGUCUACCGGAGAGGGGUGGCCGCAGGUGCUGAAACAUUCAGUGGAUGCGACUUACGAGAACCAGGGCCCGAGCCCCGGCUACAGGAUGGAAAUGUCCAUCUUUUACGUGGUGUACUUCGUGGUCUUCCCCUUCUUCUUCGUCAACAUCUUUGUGGCUCUCAUCAUCAUCACGUUCCAAGAGCAAGGAGACAAGAUGAUGGAGGACUAUAGUUUAGAAAAGAAUGAGAGAGCCUGCAUAGACUUUGCCAUCAACGCCAGGCCUCUGACGCGCCACAUGCCCAAGAACAAGCUGAGCUUUCAAUACCGAAUGUGGGAGUUUGUGGUGUCGCCGCCAUUUGAGUAUACUAUCAUGGCAAUGAUCGCGCUCAACACUAUCGUGCUCAUGAUGAAGUAUGACGGAGCUUCUGAUACCUACGAAGCUGUGUUAGCCAAACUGAACAUAGUGUUUACCUCCCUCUUCUCCAUGGAGUGUGUACUCAAGAUCAUCGCCUUUGGAGUACUGAAUUAUUUCAAAGAUGCCUGGAAUAUUUUUGACUGUGUGACAGUUCUGGGCAGCAUCACCGACAUUCUGGUCACCGAGCUGGGGAUGAAUAAUUUCAUCAACCUAAGUUUCCUGAGGCUGUUCAGGGCAGCUCGUCUCAUCAAGCUGCUGAGGCAGGGAGAAACCAUCCGCAUCUUGCUUUGGACCUUCGUUCAGUCCUUCAAGGCUCUGCCUUAUGUCUGCCUCCUCAUUGCCAUGCUGUUCUUCAUCUACGCCAUCAUUGGGAUGCAGCUGUUUGGUAACAUCGCGAUUGAAGAAGACCAAGAUUCCGCCAUCAACCAGCACAACAACUUCAGGACCUUCGUGCAGGCUCUCAUGCUCCUCUUCAGGAGCGCAACAGGGGAGGCGUGGCACGAAAUCAUGCUGGCAUGUCUGGGGAGUAAAGACUGCGACCCCCUGACGGAGAACCCGGAGCCCGAGUGUGGCAGCCAGUUUGCCUACCUCUACUUUGUCUCCUUCAUCUUCUUCUGUUCAUUCUUGAUGCUAAAUCUGUUCGUAGCCGUCAUCAUGGACAACUUUGAGUACCUGACUAGAGAUUCAUCCAUACUGGGACCUCACCACCUGGAUGAGUAUGUCAGGAUAUGGGCCGAGUAUGAUCCUGCGGCCUGCGGGCGCAUUCAUUAUAAGGACAUGUACAGUUUAUUACGAGUUAUCGAUCCGCCUCUGGGCUUAGGAAAGAAAUGCCCCCAUAGGGUGGCCUGCAAGAGGCUGCUCCGCAUGGAUCUGCCCGUGGCCGACGACAACACGGUCCACUUCAACUCCACCCUCAUGGCCUUGAUCCGCACGGCGCUGGACAUCAAGAUCGCCAAGGGUGCGGAAGGUGGUGUUGACAAGCACCAGAUGGACGCAGAGCUGAGGAAGGAGAUGAUGGCGAUCUGGCCCAACCUCUCCCAGAAGACUCUGGAUUUGCUGGUGACGCCGCACAAGUCAGCGACAGACCUGACAGUGGGGAAAAUCUACGCUGCCAUGAUGAUCAUGGAGUACUACCGCCAGAGCAAGAUCAAGCGCUCGCAGGCCCUUCGUGACGAGCAGAAUCGAACGCCAUUACUGUUUCAGCGCGUGGAGCCUCCUUCCCCCACCCAGGAUGGGGGCCCGGGACUUAACAACGCCCUCCCUCCACCUGAGACGACUGUAAACAGCCUGCCCGUGGAGGGGGGGGUCCCGGAGAGCACUUCAUGGGUGACGGCCCGUGCUCAGGAGAUGUCCCAGAAAGUGGGCAGCUGGAGCCCAGAGGGACACCCUGAGGAUGGCCUGGGCAGCAUGAGCAACUCUCAGACGGUAGAGAUGAGAGAGAUGGGGCAGGAUGGUUACUCGGAUACUGAGCACUUUCCACCAAUGGAAGGCCACGGCAGGGCCGCUUCCAUGCCCCGCCUCCCAGGCGACAACCAACAGCGGAGGAGAGGGAAACAACGUGGCAGUAACCUCAGUCCCAUCAACGACAGCAGUCCCAUGAAGCGCUCGGUCUCAUCGAUGGGCCACAGCAAGACUGGGCGAGGCCACAGAGACAAAGGAGGGGCGGAAGACUACAACAUGGACCGGGUGAUACCUGAGGAAGGGAGGACUUCCAGACACGGACACCGACGAAAAGACCGGAGCCACCGGGCGUCCCAGAGGUCCCUCUGCCGUUACACGGAGGCCGACACAGGCCUGGGCACAGACCUGAGCACGACCACCCAGUCAGGCGACCUCACGUCCAAAGAAAGGGAUCGCGACAGGGAUCGUGGACGAUCCAAAGACCGCAAACACCACCACCACCAUCACCACCACCACGGCUCCGUGGACAAGGAGCGCUACGUGGCGGAGCGGGGCGGCGAGUACGGACACAGGCACACCCGUGACCGAGAGCACGACCGCGACCGGGAGCACGACCGGGACCACGACCGGGAGCACGGCCGAGAGAGGGAGAGGGACCGCCGCUGGUCACGAUCACCAAGCGAGGGACGUGACUGCAUGACACACAGACAGGGCAGUAGUUCGGUCAGCGGAAGUCCUGUCCCCUCAACUUCGGGGACCAGUACGCCACGUCGAGGUCGUCGACAGUUGCCUCAGACCCCCGCAACACCCCGGCCCCAUGUCACUUACUCCCCUGUGGUCCGUAAGGCCAUGCCCACCCCACCUGCAGGGCCACAGGGCAGACCACCUGCUCCAGCCCCCCGACGCUUCUCUCCUGAGCCUCCCCAAGGCCAAGGCCCUCCCCACGGCCAAGGCCCUCCCCACACUGGCCUCCCACCCGCCCAUCAUGCUACCGCGCGCCAGGGUCAUCAUCCACCGCCUCGCUGGGGAGACACAGGUGGAGGAGGCGGCUCCGUGGAAGGGGAUGCCUGCUUCUACAACCAGGAGUACCAGGACUAUGAGCCCCACCAUGAACCACCUGCCUAUGAGCAGAACCCCAUACAGGGGGGAAACCCUCAUCCACACGGCGUGGCCAACCACCCACUGCCGCCUCCUCCACAACCACAUCCACAUAACCCCCAUCCCCUCCCUCCGCCCCAGCCACAUCCCGUAAAUAAUCCACAGCCUCAUCCGCCGCCCCACCCACAGCCCACUCGCACCUCACCUAGGACUGUACACCACGCGCCUCCUCCCACCACUGCCCUGACUGGGCCUGUGCAGGGCCAGGUGCAGCCUGCUGCCCAGCGUCGCCUACCCAAUGGCUACCGCUCCUCCUCACCUUCCACACAUCCCCAUGGACCUCCACACACUGGGCCUCACAAGGUCCCCCCUCCGGCUGGUCAUCCUAGGGGGCCCCGCAAGGGCCUGCAUGAACCCUACAGCGAGACUGAGGAGGACGACUGGUGCUAGCCUCUGGGGAUGGGGGAGGGGCGUAAGGAGGAAAAAGGUCAGAUAGAUGGACUGAAAGAUGGACAAGAGAAGCUCUCAGCCGGAGCAAUGACUGCCAAGGGAAACCACGACUUUUUCUUUCUUGUCGAUUCAAAUCAAUUUCCCCUCUCCUCCUGUGCUUGGCAUGUCCCAGCGAUGGUGGGCUAGGUAAAGGGAGGGGUGUCAGGAUGAGGGGAUGGAACAGGAAUGCUGAGGCAGGAUCUGGAGAAACUAAUGGGUAAGAGGGGGAUCACAAACCACCUCCAUGUUCUGCUGGCGUUGCUGUUGCAUUCAUUCUCUUGAUGCCAAAUGAGACCAGCCUCAAACUGCAAAAUGUUAAGGAUGCAAGCAGGAGGGGUGAUGGACACUAGUCUUUGUGUGUCUUAAAUUAUGCCUCUGGCAACGAGCUACAGCCACUUACAAGAUGUCAAGAGUUGCGACUCGACAAAAGACGCUUUACAGUCAGAGACAUGAACGACCACUAUUUCUUUUUCUUUUUUUGCCUCUCUAAGCUAAUGCCAGUUAAGUUAGCCGCGAAAAGAAUGGAAUCCAACCCUCCCAGCCACCAGUUGAAUAUUGAUGAGUUUUAUCAUCUGUGUUUUUAAAUAAGAACAAAACGGACAAUUAGCCCUCCACCUGCAUGAGGUGAGAAGGCUAAGUGGGUGGGAGAGUUGGGGAGCGUUGCAGGGGGUUGAUAAGUCUCUCAGUCAAAAUCUAGAGGACAGGAUGGGGUUGUUUUUGGGGACGUUUACCCCUGUCCCUAGAGAACACCCUCCACCCUGAAACAAUUUAACCAACCUCAACCAAUGACCUAAAAGAGAAGAAAAACAAAAAUGUGGAGAUGGGUUUCAGAAACGAAAAAACAAACAAGCCAGUAACUGUUUUCUGCAGUAUUUCUUCUAUUCCUGCAGCUGCUUCUUCUUCUUCCUCCUUCUCUUCUACUUCUUCAAAACAUCGAAGCUUGAAUCUUCUGUUGCACCCCACACAGCUUCGUUUGUUAGACUUGCGGAGUUGUACACCCUCUGGAAUCCUGCAUGAAUGAUACAAAAAAAAAAAAAAAUAUUAAUAGCAACAAUGAGAAUCUACUGUAUGUGGGGGGAAGUUUUCCUCAGUCCUUUCUGUUGUGGUCUGUAGGGUUUCUCUUUCUGUUUCUUUGGUUUAAAAAAAGAAAAAACCUUUCUGUUUCUAUUUCUCUCUCUCUUUCUCUCUCAUCUGUUUGACAUUCCUCUCUCUGAUUCCUCUCUCUGUACCUUCACCCACACUCAAAUCAAGUGGCAGAAGGACACGGGGAGAUCGGAGAGUUGCUGUUUGUAAACUCGACAGAACAAAAUGAUUACUUUUUGCUUGCUUGUCUGUAUGUUCUGUGCCAAAUGCUUGCCACUGAUUCAGCUGGAAUUUGCACAUAUUUUUGUGGAAGUAACUUUUUGUAACUAAGGUGAUGAAUCCUAAAAUUAUACACUGGGAAGCAGGGUAACGUAGGGCGGUGAAGAAAAAAAAAGUGGGUGUCCAUGUUGGUGGGCAAGUUUGACAAAUUAGUAACAUCUCAAAAGUCUUCCAGGGUUUUGGGUUAAAAUAGAAACACCAGAGAGAAAGAGACCAAUAGAAAGGAGAGGAACUCGUCAUUGUUGUUUUCUUUGUUCCUGAUUGUCAUAAUGGAUAAACAGAUGAUAUGAUAACUUUAAAUGAUCAUGAUGAUCGUGAUAAUGAGGCAGAUUCUCCAUGUUUUAUAUAUAGAUAUAUAUUGUUUUUCUGUGCGUUUGUUUAAUUUUAAGCUCAGCAAAUCAUUUUUCCAACCCAUACUUGCAUCGUGGGAGAAUGGGUUUGCAGGAGGGAAAACAUGCAUCAAUGAUAAGCAGCCAAAAGGCUAAUGAAUUUUAGAGUAUAAACAGUUGAUGGAAUUGAGAUGGCUUCACCACUGGUUUCUGAAUUCAAAUAAGAAAAGUUUACCCUCCUGCAGCUGCUAAAAUAGGGUCCCUCCACUUGUGACCAAUAGGUGGCAGUGUCAGACAAAACAGCGUCUCCCCCUUUACUCCACCUCAGAGUCAGAGCUGUUUUACACUCAUCAGUUCAUUCUCUCACCAGUAACACCUCUUCAUCUGUGGUAGCACACAGGUGAUUGACACUUCAGAAGGGUUGGAAAAAAAACAUUUCUGGGCCUUGUCAUGAACCUGGGGGGGAUAAAAAAAGAACUAUGUCAUGUGUGUUUCACUCCUAUAUAUCUUUAUUUCGAUCUGCGUGUUUCUCUGUGUGCCUCAAACUAACACUUGUCGUCACUAACACACACCACUGUCAGCCCCAUCGUUAUUUUUAUUUAUGUAUUUGACCAAUAUUUUACCUGGAGGCCUAU